AAAGUGCAAUUAGGUCUUCCAAUUUUUCAACCUAAAACCCUGUCUGGUAACACAAUACCACAAUUUCCAGAGGAUCCUGCAAGGACAGAGUGAGGCAAUGGCAACCAGCGAAGACAGUGGAAAGAAGGAAGGGACCAACUUGCUAGGCUCGCCCACUUUCACAGAGUUGGGAAACGCCCGUUUCAGGUGCGUUGAAACUGGGCACGAGGUCCUUUCUAAGGACAUAGCGUCCUACUCUCAGAGCAAAAAAUGUCGUUUGGGUCUCAUCGAUUUCGCCUUGACGAACCGCAAAGCCCCUCUCAACAUGUUCAAACAAGACCCUCUCUGUCGUUCAAAGUUGAUAUGUAAGCUGACUGGGGACAACGUGAAUAAGUCAGAGGAACAUAUCUGGAAGCAUAUGAGUGGGAAAAGAUUUCUCAAUAAAUUAGAGAGAGAGGAAGAAGAGAAGUUAUCGUGCCAAGGAAUGGAAGUUGAAGAGAGUUUACAGGAGUCAGAAAGUGCAGAAGGUGGAGGAAAGGAUAAAAAGAAGAAGAAGAAGAAGAAUAAGAACAAAGGGAUUGAUGAGGAGAACUUACUGGAGUCGAAAAGUGCAAAUCCUGGAGAAAAGGAUAGAAUGAAGAAGAAAAAGAAUAAGGACACGACAAUUGAAGAGAUUAGAUCAGAAGUUACGAAGUCUCCCGUUGAGAAUAGUGACACAGAAGUUGAGGAUAAUGACACAGAAGAUGAAGACUUCUGGAUGCCUCCUGUUGGUGAUCGGUGGGACCAUGAUGAUGGAGGAGAUCGAUGGGGUUCCGAGUCUGAGUCUGAGUCAGUGCAGGAAAUUGAAGAUGGGAAUGUAAUCGAUGGUGAUGGUGAUGCUGCUGAGGAUUGCAAGGAGUCAGAAGAGUUGUCAUCAAGGACAAAAAGAAUGUCAAUAGAAAUUGGACCGAGCAGCUUUGCUACAAGAAAGAAGAAAAGUAAGAACCAUCACGCUUAGAUUUGUUUGCAAGCCAAGUUUAGUCUAGAGAAUCACAAGUCAAUUUUUCGGUGCAUGUAUCAAACUAUGUCAACCCACACUAUUCGCACAUGGGUACAAAAUGCAUUACCUAUUCAAUUUUUUCUUGUUUUGAGCAGCUGCUUUAUCAUCAUAUUUGUAUCAGAAGUAGCAUGAAAUUGGAUUAAUUGUAAGUCUUAAAAUUAAGCAUGCAAUCAAUUGCAGGUGUGCUUAUGAUAUUAUUUAAGGUCAAAAGUUCUUUAUGAUGAUCGUUCAUAAUUUUGUGUC